AUGAGAACUUCACUUGUAUUCGCGGUACUCGCUGCUCUCUUGCUGAGUUCAGAAGCUCUCUUCCUCAAGAAGAAGCUCGCCCUCGGCAUCGGCGCAGCUCUCGGAGUUGGUCUCGUCGGUGGACUUCUAGCAGCGAAGCAUCACAAGGGAUACGGCUACGGUGGCUAUUAUGGAGGACACGGCCACGGAAGUUACUACGGUGGUUACGGCAAAGGACACUACUUCAGUGGUUACGGCAAAGGACACUACUACCCCUCGUAUUCAUAUGGGUACAGUGGAUACGAUGGCGGCUGGUCCCCUUACAGCGACGGAUACUACGGUGGAUGGUAA